AUGAUAUCGGCUGAAAAAAUCGCACCACCGAAGAUUGAUGACCACCGAAACGCGACGGGACGAAUGGAACUUGUCAGCUGCGACGAUCGUGCACGAUGUGACACCGAACCGGUGAGGGUGGAACGGCAGUGUGACGCGAAACGAGCAGCGAAAUGCGAUGUGUGUACGGCUGAUGAUCAUCAGCGGUCCCGCCUGUCGGGAUGUGUGCCAAGUCGGUUAGACAAAUCCGGCUCGACCUUAGGGCGCCACUCAGUCGACGACUAA